AUGGCAUCGGUUAUGCAGUCGCUCGAGCCCUUCCUUAAAAAGACAGUAUCCCUUCGUAAUUCCGCCGUUGAGGGCGCGAGAUUGGAUUUUGCCGGCAUUUUUCAACUCAUGGUACUCCGUGCACUCCGGCUCCUCGCAUCCCCAAUUGGGCGCAAUAUCUCUGUUGCAAUCGUUCUUCCAACGGCUCUGGGGCCUAACGCUAACCUUGCAGAGUUGUAG